AAGUCCCUCAGACUCUCAGCUCCUGCAACACUUCAGCCUGAGGAGGUCCCAGCUCAGCCUAGACCAGCGUCAGCUCUCCUGUGAUUGAGGCCCGCUGCAGCAGCACUCUGUGGCAGCACCAUCAACAUGGUGCGUGCAGGUAUGCUGAGAGGACUCGUCCUACUCUCUCUCCUCUCCUCUGGGUUUGGAGGAGUUGUGGGCCGGGACAGUUUGAACCCAAAUGGCCUUCUACGGAUGAUCCAGCAGUUCAAUGCGUAUGAACCAGAGGACAGAAAUGAGGACCAGUUUGCUGUUGCUGUGUAUUCGGCUGAGGAUUGGCGCCCCAACUCUGACACUGAGCUCAGCGGUGAUGAUGCCCAAAAGGAUCUGCAGCCGGAUGAAGUGUACGUAGGCGACAGCGUCAUGGUUGCUAGUCCUCGACUGGACCAAAGUGCCGUGGUCUCCAGUGAUACUGGGUACAUGCUGGUGCCGCAGAACUACCUGAAGAAACUUCUGCCUGGAGGUGAAGACCUUGUUCAGGGUGGCAAGAGACGUAAGAAAAAGAAGAAGAAGAAUAAGAAGAAAAAACACAAGAAAAACAAGAAGCCGAAGAAGAAGAAGAAGAAGAAGAAGAAGAAGAAGAAGAAGAAAGGCAAGAAACAUCAUGUCCUGCCAGACCACAACCAUGACGAUGACAACAACCACAACAAUGACGAUGACAACAACCACAACCAUGACGAUGACAACAACCACAACAAUGACGAUGACAACAACCACAACAAUGACGAUGACAACAAACCUCACAAUGACGAUGACAACAACCAUCACCAUGAUGACAACAACAACCCCAAUAACAAUGAUGAUGACAACAACCACCAUCACCAUGACGAUGAUGACAAUCACCACCAUGGAGAAUCAGCGGUUGAGGUCGAUUUGAACUCUUUGGCUAAAAUCAUCCAGUUUUUUGAGUCCCAAUGAGCAUGUAAAAAUUUGGUCAUAGUAUUAUGUAUUAGUUAUAUGUCAUUCAAAAGCAACUAUGAAUAUUUACUGCAAAUUUUAAGUGUUAUCUGUCAAGACUGGCCUAAACUUUUUUUUCUAAAAUGAUUAACACUUUAACCUUUCCAACUUCAUGUACUAACAAUAUUAAUACAUUUUGAAUGCUGUUACCAGUUAACUUCAUCAUUUUGAAUAAUUUACAUAAUAAAUUAUUUAGCAACAAU